UACAAAAAAUAAGAAAAAUACAAAUUUAAUUCAUACACAUCACCUAAUUAAUGUUCCAGUAUAUAUGCUGCUCAUGUGCCUUCACCUUUUACAUACAUUUUAGUCCCACAAUACCAGUCAUACCCAACAGGUUACUCUACAACAAUGGCCAGCGUCCCGUUCACCAUUUCCGACCUCCAAACGAGCGGCAGCGGGUUCCGGAGCAGCCCGACCCUGCUAUGCACUCCGCUGAUGGGGACGACGGUGGACCUGAUGCUGAUAGAGAUGGGGAAGGCUAAGGAGAUCGGUGCGGACCUCCUGGAGAUCCGGCUCGACUGUCUGAGGGCCUUCAACCCUCGCCAGGAUCUUGACAUUCUCAUCAAGCAGUCCCCUCUGCCCACUCUUGUCACUUACAGGCCUGUUUGGGAAGGAGGCCAAUAUGAAGGCGACGAGAACAAGCGACAGGACGCAUUGCGUCUGGCAAUGCAGCUCGGUGCUAACUACGUUGAUGUCGAGCUUGAGGUUGCCCAUGACUUCAACAAUUCUAUUCAGGGAAAGAAGCCCGACAGCUUCAAAGUCAUAGUCUCCUCUCACAACUUCCACAACACCCCCUCGGCCGAGGCCAUCGGGAAUCUUGUCGCGAGAAUCCAAGCCACCGGUGCCGAUAUCGCGAAGAUUGCAACCACGGCACUCGACAUCACCGACUGCGCACGCAUUUUCCAGAUAACUGUCCACUCUGAGAUUCCAACUAUCGGAAUUGUUAUGGGAGAGAGAGGCCUGAUCUCUCGUAUUCUCAGCCCCAAGUUCGGCGGAUAUCUCACUUAUGGUGCGCUUGAGGCCGGCGCAAUAUCUGCUCCAGGACAACCGACAGCAAAGGACUUGCUAGAACUGUACAACUUCAGACUCAUUAGGCCCGACACCAAGGUGUACGGCAUCAUCGGGAAGCCUGUGGGCCACAGCAAGAGCCCUCUUCUCUUCAAUGCAGCAUUCAAGUCGGUCGGUCUCAAUGCAGUCUAUCUGCAUUUUCUUGUUGACGAUGUCGAGAAGUUCUUCAAGACCUACUCGGCUGUGGACUUUGCCUCAGGGUGCAGUUGCACGAUCCCGCAUAAGGAGGCUGCACUUAAAUGCAUGGAUGAGAUUGACCCGAUUGCUAAGAAAAUUGGUGCUAUCAACAACAUCGUAAGAAGACCAGACGGGACAUUGACUGCAUUUAACACCGAUUACAUCGGUGCCAUUACUGCUAUCGAGGAUGGCGUGAGAGAAUUGAAUGGUGCGACCCCAUCCGCCGUCUCUCCCUUGGCUGGGAAACUGUUUGUUGUCCUCGGGGCCGGUGGGGCUGGAAAAUCACUAGCUUAUGGAGCAGCACAGAAGGGGGCACGAGUUGUUGUCGCCAACCGUACAUUCGAGAGAGCGAAGGAGUUGGCAGAGAAGGUUGGGGGAAAAGCUCUAACUUUGGAGGAAGUUCAGGACUUCCACCCGGAAGAAGGGAUGAUCCUUGCGAACACAACAUCCGUUGGGAUGAAACCAAAGAUCGAUGAGACCCCCCUAGCUCAGCAUGCUUUGAAACACUACUCCGUGGUGUUCGAUGCCAUUUACACCCCGAAGGAUACCCGUCUGUUAAAGGAAGCUAGAGAGACCGGAGCUGUCAUCGUUUAUGGGACAGAGAUGUUGAUACGCCAAGGCUUCGAGCAGUACAAGAACUUCACGGGUCUGCCUGCACCGGAAGAACUGUUCAGGCAACUUAUGGAGAAACACGCGUAGAAUGGAAGGGAUUAGCAGAGCAGUUUCACGUUGUAGCUGAACGAAUAUGUUUGAACCCGAAAAGCAUGAACUGUCUCUCUCUGUUGGGCCAGAAGUAUAUCCAAAUUUUGCAUUAUGGAAGAUAAGCUCUUAGUAAUUCUGUUGUAUCAACAACUUUAUUACCACGAUUUAAUGAAGAAUAUGUUUCACAUCC